UUUGACGUUUGAUUCCCUAGUUUUGGGACAUUCUGUAUACACAAAUCAAAUCUUUCCUGUUUCUUCCGCAUGAAAAUGAACUAAACCUACAGAUUAAAACCACUGGUUUGAAUUAAAAAUGUUAUCUUUUCCUUCCAUUAAGAAUACUCGAAACUUCUAGCAAAAGUUUUUCCAUCUGUGAUUUCGGUAGAAAUGUCAAAUCUUUGAAUUGAAGGUUAUCUAUAUGAAUAUUUCAAUAAUGUUUAUUUUCUUUUCCCACUACUCAUGUAUGUUUCUAAACUUCAAUAUUCACAAUAAUUUCAAUUCAAAAUUUCAGUGCGAAAAGUUUCAUCAAGUGUCAACUCAAAAGUGCCAUAUUGACUUUUCUUCAAUAUCUACAAGAGGCACAACUAGAAUUUUUGGUAAUACGUAUGAAUGAUCAGAAUUCCUCUCAUACCUGUAGUCCAAGGUAGUGAAAUUCUGUCUUAUUUUAUAUCAGCUUAUUCUAAAGAAAUCAUUAUUGGAACACUCCAAGAUGUCGGUAGAUAAUCCAGAAGUGUCUGAAGAAGAUAUCGAAAUUUUCGAUAUAGUUAUCAACAGCUUCACAGGCAGUAGGUACGAAAUCAAGGUGACAUCUGUUGAUACUGUUCAAAAUAUCAAAGAAACAUUGGAUAAAGCUUGGAAUAUACCAGAAUCAGAAAGUAUACUAAUUUUUAAUGAACAAGAGUUGAAAGACCAAGAGGUCCUUAGUGAUAUUGGCAUCCAAAAUGGUUCUAGCCUUUAUUUGGUGUUGAAGAUGGCUGGAGGGCCUAUAAGCAUUGGGGGGAAAAUAUACAGUGCAGGUGUGAAGAAUUUGAAGGAUGCAGUUGAGCGAACAAAGAAGACCCUAGGCAAGAAGUACUCAGCAGGAUGUAGAGUUCUUGUGCUACUCUACAAAGAUCAAGAAGGUAAUCAUAAUAUCAUGAAGGUUUUUGAUGAGAAUGAGAGUGACAAAGUGACGCCUGAAGAUGAAAUUGAGGAUCCUUUUAAAUGCCAAAGACACUUGACUCCCACUUCCAAGUCUGCAUGGAAGCAGGACAUGCAUUCCCAGCAAGUUUCCAAAGAAGAUCUAGAUAUCCUGGAAUCAUUGCAUGAGGAGAUGAGGAUGAAAUUGAAAGUCACAGAAGUUAGGAAACAGAUGAAAGAAGCAGCUGAGCGGAGGAAGUUGAGAAAACUACUUAGAGACAUCAAAAUGAAUAAAAAAUUAUUCAAGGAUGAAAAUUCAUCAUGCGAAGGAAGCUCUUAUAUAAAAUUGGUGGAUAAUCCAUGCUUAAAAGGAAACAAAGAGUACUCUGAUUUCAUGAAAUACUACAAUGAUAAGUGGUGUCAUGCCCCUGAUAAGAGUUAUGAGCAGCUCAACUCAAGAAUUGAUCAAACUAAAAGAUACCAGUCGCUUAUGGCUGUCCAGAAUGAACAACAAUCUUUGAGGGAAGGAAACGUUAACAGGAGUCACUAUAUCCUCAUGAAAAGACCCCUACAGGACUCGAGGACCAAACUUUCUGGAGAGUACGAGCACAAUAAACGUGAUGAGGAUAAAAGUCUAGCUUCCACAUUGGGAGAAUCGAACUUUGCGGUAGACGAGAUAUUGCAACAGUCUUUGAACGAUGUUUCUACUAAUCCUACGUCGUCCACCCUCAGCGACUAUGGGUCUUACGUGUCUAAACCUAGCCUAGAAGCUGGCAAUAGACGUAGGUUGACCGCUAGGCCAAAUCACCGUAGCGCCAUGUUCCAAGCUGAAAAACCCGCGUUCUUGGGCACGAGAGAAAUAUGCAGAGAACCUACCAAGAUUUUGGGCCGCUCCUCGCCCUCGUCGCCAAUUUGGCAACAAACUUCAACAUCUUUGAGCGCUUCGCCUUACGAUGCGGGUUAUCGGCGAAUGACGUCGGUGGAGGAUGAAGGUCUAGUGACGGAUCUGGACGAUCCAGAAGUGCCUGAAAGAACCAGGCACGUCAGGGAGUUGCCUCCUGUCGUGGUGGAGAGGAGGAAUAAGUGCGCUGUUUGUAACAGAAGGCUGAACAUCGUGAAUAGAUUCGAUUGUAGGUGUGGUAAAAUAUAUUGCCCCCAACACAGGUAUGCCGAAUCGCAUAACUGCAAUUUUGAUUACAGGGAGAAAGGAAGAGAAACAAUAACUAAACAAAAUCCACGGAUAGUAGGUGAAAAAAUUAAAAAAAUAUGAAUUCCAUAGAAGUUCAGUUGAACAUCCUGCAAUUUUAUUUUACAAUACGCUUAUUAUCCACCAAUAUACAAUUGUUUCGUUAUUCUGUGGAUUAUUUGGAUUUUUAACAUACUUUGUAGACUGCAGUUGAUUUUACAUUCACAAUUUUUUGAUAGCUAUGAUAAUUUUGGUCAAUACUGAUCUCGCGAUCGCAGCAACUCGCAAAAUAAGUUAAUGUAAAAAUGUAAUGUAUAAAAUUUUAGUGAUAUGAAAUCUGUGUAACCUAGGUAUAUGUUAGUGACUGAAUUAUGGUUCUGUGAUACCUACCUUGAAUGGCUGUGAAAUGAUUCAUUGUUAAAGAAAAAAUGAUUUGGAAAUCU